AUGCUCAGAAUGGUGUCUAACAUGAAGCUUACCUGUGAGGAUCCUACGGAGCUCCAGAAGACGCUUGCUCCAUACUUUGCUGGAUUCAAUCGCACUACGGAGUGCGCUGAUGCCGAAGGAUCGAUGCGUUUUAUGCAUCCGCAAGGAGUAAUCGUCCAGAAGGACACAACGUCGACUUUUGGAAAAGAAGCGCUCACUGAUCUCUUCAAACGUUGGUAUGACUUCACUGGACCGUACUACUUCAAUCGCUACGACGAAAAAUACAGUGGUGGAGGUGACUGGAUCGUUGUCGAGGCGAGAAUGGAGCUGGUCAAGGUUCAAGGAAAAGAGGUCAUCCUUCGUGGAGAAGUGAUGCACAUUUGGAAGAAGGAGAAGGACGAGUGGCUCAUGUUCUACGAGCAAUACCACGUCGAUAAUUAA